ACGCGAUGUUGCAAUUGUCAUAUACCGACCAUCGGAAGUUAACCUUAGGCAGCUUUGACAGCGAUGCGGCACGGAACUGUCUUAUGAAAUUCACAGGAAAAUGUAAAUACUUUCUGAUAAUCGUUUCCGUCAGUCGUACUUCUAAUUCUCGCGAAGCUGUUGCGGUUGUAAAUUUGCUUCUGGCCUUACGUUAAAAAAAUAUUAACGGCGUCGAUUCAAAUCGAAUUUAUUUGGAACAAAGAAGCAAAAAGCCGGCCGGUUUGAGUUUCCCCCUCCCUGACAGGCGGCAGGCGAAGCGCGGCGGAGAUUUCCGAGGCCACCCGACGCCGGUCACGUAGGCCUGUUGCCAAGCCGGUUACGUAGCGUGGUGGGAGGGGCGCUGCAGUGGUGGGGGAAGUUGGCCGCUCUUACUUGAAAACUCCGCCAGCUGAGCAGAGAAGCUUCAGUCGGUGCCGUCGCUCGUGAAACGGAGGGUGCUAGCUGUUUUGCGGACAGCUCCGUAGCCGGAAAGCUGCAUCUUUUCGAAACUUCGAAAGGGACCCGGCGGUUGACGGUUUCGCAGGCUGUUCGAACGGGCACGCAAGCUGGCCGAAAUGGAAGUACUCACGUGUUCGGUUACCGGCAAAUUCUCAGGAAUCAGAGGAGAGGAGAGGAGUAGCCCCGACUACGCGGACGACGAGUGGUGGUCGCAAUCGCACGGCGACGACGACGAGGAAGGCGCGGAGGCCGUACGUGCUCUGGCCCGGCGGCUAGAGGCCGAACUGCGGGCGGCCAAGACCGCUCAGCUGUCCCGCAGCGAAGUUCUGCUGCCCGCCGAUCUGCUGCCCCGCGUCGCGCGCUGCGUCCUGCACCAGGCCGACAGCGAGCCUUGCGGACUCAGAGGCUGCACACUUUUCAUUAAUUUCGAGACGGACCAAGAAUGCAGGCGAAUUGGAACAGUGAAAUGCGACCCCAGCACUGUUUCGACGUUCGAGCUCUUCUUGACUCUCAAACAAGACUGCAGUUCCUGGCAUUCAAUACUGCCACAGUUUCUCAAGAAUCUUGCGCGGCGUGGCACAAUAAUGAUCAGCCGGGACUUCACACUCACCAAGAAGAAACUCUUCCGUUCCUACUCAGAGUAGGGGAGUGUGAUCAUAUAUACAAGAUGAGAGCAAAGACUGAUUUCUCCCCCACUCAGGGCCACAAAUUACUAAUGCUGGGAGGAUCCCACCAGAUAACACUCACCCAGUUAAUUCCAUUGCGAGUAGGUGAUAAAGCUUUAUUGGGUAGGGCUGGCCAGAAUUUAGUGUCCAGUUUAUGAGAAUUGUCUUUCUUAUAAUGCAUAGUGCUAUUUUCAAAAGAUCUGCAUUAGUAGUAAUUUUUAUAGCUGUUACUAAUGGUCAAGAUGUAAUGUAACUUUUAAGAAACUGGGUGAUUAAUACGAUUACAAAUACUAGUGUACCUGCAGUACUUACUGGUGACGAAUUAAAUAAGGGAGAUUGUGAUGUACUGUGUCAUUGUGGUGUCGAAACUCUUGAUAGCCACAGCAAUAUCUGCAUGUGAUUAAAGUGUGAUGAACAAAUACCUAUAAUUAAACAUAGACAUAGUUUUAAAGUAAUGUUCAAAAAUUUUCAAGUAUAGAUGUUCUAGAAUUUUUCUGUAUUCUACAGCACCAUAUUUUAACUAAACAGUUUCUGAUGUACUGAUAUAGAACCCUUCAUCACACUAAAAAAAAAAAAGCAAUUUUUCCUCAUAAUGUGAUCUGAUUGUUUGGUAGUGCAAAGUGGUUUUUGGUGUGUGGCACUGACAUCAAUUGCCUUUCAAUUUAUUUGCUGCUCAUUACGUUUACUGUAUCAGUAAAUGAAAUGAUAACAGUAAGAUAAACUUGCUUUAACUAUCCUUGUCUUCCAUUAUUUUGUUCAUUUUUCAGAUUUGUUUAUGUAUAUGAAAUGUUUAAGAUACAUACUCAUUUGUGACAGAUCUUUAUCUAGUUGGAUGUAUUUAUUUUCAAAAUUAAUUUGUUGUGAUUUGUUUGUAUAUAUUCAUGUUUGCUUCAUUUAUCUUUUGCUCAUUUGAGCUCAAAGGACUGUGAAAUGAGAGGUAUCUGAUUUAAACAUUUUGUAUAUUUGGAAGCAAGGAAAAGUUGGCAGUUAAAAAAGUCACAUAAAUGAUUUAUAUUAAAGAUAUAUAUUUAUCCAUGCAGAUAAAUUUUAUAUUUUAAAGCUAAACGAUGUGAUAUGUUCUCUUAUAUACAGUGUUUGCCGGUGAGAUAUUUUUGUGAUUAUGAUGAUAAGAAAAAGUGAUCAGAAAUUCUUGGUGAUUUUUCAUGCGUUAGCAUUUGUCAAAUUGUUUUGGAGCUGUUGUCAAAAUUGUGAUUUUUCAAUAACUGAUUACUUGACUGGAUACUGGGGGACCUCCAACCUAUAAUGUACAAAGCUUUCAGCUCAUAGAAUCAGUUCAUUGUUCAUGUACUUUGUCAUCAUUUUUGAACAGUAUUUGUUUGUAUUUUUUCACAAUACCAUAUACAUUUUCUCAUCAUCAUGCAUUUUAUUUUGUAAGAUCUUUUUAGUGAUUGUAGUCUUUCAUGUAUAGAAGAGUUUGUUAAAAUAGACUCCAGUGGAAUAUGAUUUUAUACUAUGAUGCCACUUCAUAUUUGAAAAAUAUUAAAUAUUUUUCUUUAUUGCAA